AUGAACUUGUGGGAGACGCUGCUGGAGCUGAUCAUCGCCGCGAUCGCCGUGGCGUCGCUGCUGUCCAACGUGCUGGUGCUGCUGUGCUUCGCUUCCAGCGCGGAGAUUCGCGCGCAGGUGCCCGGCGUCUUCGUGCUCAAUCUGUCCUUCUGCAACAUCCUCGCGGCCACGGUAACCAUGCCCUCCACCAUGCUCGGGCUAGCACGUGGCGGGAAACCUUUUGGAGACUUGUUCUGCUGGACCCUGAGCUUCGCGGACACCUUUUUGACCACCAACACCAUGCUGAGCAUGGCUGCCCUGAGCAUUGACCGCUGGGUUGCUGUGGUCUUUCCACUCACCUACUCCAGCAAAAUGAGGUAUACAAGAGCUUUUGCCAUGCUGGGCUACGCGUGGCUCCAUUCCCUCACCUUCUCCCUGACCCCAGUGCUCCUCUCCUGGGCUGAUUACAGCCCCACGUACGCCUCGUGCACCACCGUGCACCCGGACCACUCUCACACAGCACACAUCCCCUUCACCGUGUUCACAGUGCUGUUUCACGGGGCAUCCUUCGCGCUGUCUCUGACAGUGCUCUGCCUCGCCUACCUGAAAGUGCUUCAAGUGGCUCGUUUCCACUGCAAGAGGAUUGAUGUAGUAACAGUGCAGACCCUCUUACUGCUGGUUGACAUUCAUCCCAGUGUCAAAGAAAGGUGCUUACUGGAGCAGAAGAAAAGGAGGCAGAGAGCUACCAAGAAGAUCUGCGUAUUCAUUGGCUCUUUCGUCCUCUGCUUCGGCCCUUAUGUCAUAACAAGACUGGCAGAACUGGUUCCAUCGGUGAGGAUCAGCCAUCACUGGGGGAUCGUCAGCAAAUGCCUGGUAUACAGCAAAGCUGCGAUGGACCCUUUUGUGUAUUCCUUGCUACGGCAGCAGUACAGAAAGGCACUCAUUGGCAUGACCAACAGGAUUCUGGGCCGGAACAUGUACUCCUCCUCUGGCCACAGCAGCUCCUCAGAUACAGAAAAUGAAUGCAACCUGCAGCGGGUUAGCUAA